UAAGUUUUGACCAAAGUUUCAUCAUUUAUCUUCUCUCGAGAACGGAAUAUACACAGAAUGCGUUUCAACUUGAGAUUCACUGCUCAUUUCUCGGCUUCGUGAUGAAUUUCUAAUGGUGGUUGGUUUGUUUCCGAUGUUUUGAUCGCUUACAAUUUCCUUACCCGCGUUUGUCUUGGUCAAAUUUGUAAAUUUCUAAUUUCGUGGGUAUUGCUCUAUUUGGCAAUUUCUCUUCAAAGGCUCGAUUUUGAGGAGUUUGGUUUUAUUCUUAAUUAAAAAGUUUCAACCUUUAUAGCUUAACGCCUAAAACUAGUCGAGAAACUGAUGAAGAACAGUGUUAGUAAGCAGUGUAAUUUUAGGGAUAUUGAUUGGAUCUUCUCUCUUCUGCUUGUGGAGAGAAACUCUUUAAGCAUGGCUUUUGUAAUUAUUGGUUUACAGAUGAUGAGCUCUUCUUCUUCUACACAAGUCGUAUUAUUUAGAGACAUGGGGAUGUAUGAACCAUUCCAACAGUUAUCUGGUUGGGAAAAUGCUUUCAGCACUAUUACUAGUAAUCAGAACAACAACGAGAGCUCUUCCACAGUUCUUGAAGUGGAUGCUAGAGCUGAAGCAGAUAAUAACAAUAAGGCAAAUUAUACUUCUUUGUACAACUCUGUUGAGGCAGAACCUUCUAGUAAUAAUGAUCAGGACGAUGACCAAAUCAAUGAUAAGAUGAAACGGCGAUUAGCUCAGAACAGAGAGGCUGCUCGCAAAAGCCGGUUAAGAAAGAAGGCCCAUGUCCAGCAGUUAGAAGAAAGUCGGUUAAAGUUAUCACAGCUCGAGCAGGAACUUGUCAGAGCUAGGCAACAGGGAUUAUGCGUACGCAAUUCAUCAGAUACUAGUUAUCUAGGACCAGCUGGAACCAUGAACACAGGGAUUGCUGCAUUUGAGAUGGAAUACACACACUGGCUAGAAGAGCAAAACAGGAGAGUUAGUGAGAUUCGAACAGCGAUCCAAGCUCAUAUCAGCGACAUUGAGCUCAGAAUGCUGGUUGAUAUUUGCUUGAACCACUACGCAAAUCUCUUCCGCAUGAAAGCUGAUGCUGCAAAGGCUGAUGUGUUCUUCUUGAUAUCUGGAAUGUGGCGAACUUCAACUGAACGCUUCUUCCAGUGGAUUGGAGGUUUCCGCCCAUCCGAGCUGUUAAAUGUUGUGAUGCCAUACGUUGAGCCCUUAACCGAUCAGCAAAUCUUGGAAGUGCGAAACCUCCAACAGUCGUCUCAGCAAGCAGAGGAAGCUCUCUCUCAGGGCUUGGAUAAACUCCAGCAGGGUUUGGUCGAAAGCAUAGCAGGUGAAAUAAGAGUUGUUGAGUCUGUGAAUCACGGGGCUCAUAUGGCAUCAGCCAUGGAGAAUCUUCAAGCAUUGGAGGGUUUUGUGAACCAGGCGGAUCAUCUGAGACAUCAGACGCUGCAGCAAAUGAGUAAGAUCUUGACGACAAGACAGGCUGCUCGAGGCUUGCUCGCUUUAGGAGAGUACUUCCACAGGCUUCGUGCUCUUAGUUCUCUAUGGGCAGCUCGUCCACGAGAACACACUUAACAAGUUUAGGAGGCAAAACAAAGAGAACAGAAGCACAAGGAAGAGUCAACUUCGAAUGAUGUCAGCUAGGGACUUGUUAAUCUGCGAGAUAAAAGUAUUUGGAGAUGUAGAGUGAUUGAUUCUCCAUUAGAGCAUCAUCAUCUUCCUCAUUAAUGUUUUUGGUUUUGCUAAAUGAAUUAUUCAGAGAAAUGAAUUAAAAGAUGUAAAUUUGGGUGGAAACAUGUAAUGUGUCUGAUAAAUAAGGCUCUUUAUAUUUGUAUAUGUGAGUAUUUGUGUUGAACAUCCAAUUUUAUGUAUUUAUGAAGGACUAAAAUG